AUGUCGACAGGCCAGCUAUUUCUAAAGCCUAACUUGGAGAACCAAAACAGCAGGUUCUCGAGGCCACCAGGUAAUGCCCCUCAGCCAGCAGCUGCUUCCAAGAGCAAUAAUGGAAGAAGUGGCAGCAAAGCAAAGAGUGGCUCUAAGAAAAAGAAAGGCAAGCCAUCAGGCGAUAAUUUCAGAAUUAGUGGGAAUACUAUUAACGGAGGCAAAGCAGACAAGGCCGGAGUUUUCGGGUUUGGCAACAAGUACAUUGGCCGCAAGAAUCAGGUAGAAGAGGAGUCCAGUUCUGGAAGCGAAAGCGAUGACUCCAGUGAAGACAGAGAGUGA